UACACCUACUGAACGUGGUUGGCUGAACAAAAUGGCAACGUAUGGCGACGAGUCAGUCGACCGCUAUUUCUAUCCAUCUUACAACCCUUACACGGGCAGACACCCCAGGCCUAAAGACGCCGGGUGGAGAUAUAAAAGUUACCUGGCCCACAGCGGGGACUCUUCGGAUGCCUUCAAUAACCACCAGCGCGCCCAGCUGAAGUCCAUCUUAUCCCAAAUCAACCCAAAACUCACCCCGAGGCUCAGGAAGGCAAACACCAAAGAUGUGGCGGUGCAGGUCAACCCGAAGCGAGACGCCUCGGUGCAGUGCUCCAUCGGCCCGAGGACCCUCCUGGCCAUGAAGCGGGACUUCUGGCGCAAAAGAAGACAGGAACCCACGACGCCAGGCAGCCCCAAGGCGGCUGGUGGUGUGCGUUACCCCCGCACCCUCGCCGUGUAUUCACCCAUCGCCUACAGAAGCGUUACGUCCUUCCUGGUCGAUGAGAACAACAACAACAAAGAAGUCUCCUGCAGGGAGAAGCAGACCGGAGAGCAGCCCGGUGGCCCGCCGGAGCCUGCCGUGAAAAAAGGCGAUGCGAAGAGCGGGGAUGACCAGGCUGGUGAGGAGGGGGAGACCGCAAAGCUCCCAGAGCAGCGCAAAAAGCCCAAAUCCAAACCACAGAAGAGUGAAGAUGUGCAACCAAUCACAGAGGGCUCAAAGGGAAGGGCGCGCGUGCGGUUCCAGUUUCUGGAACAGAAGUAUGGAUAUUAUCACUGCAAAGAAUGCAAUCUGCGAUGGGAGAGCGCCUACGUUUGGUGUGUUCAGGGCACCAACAAGGUUUACUUCAAACAGUAUUGUAGGAAAUGCCAGAAGGACUUCAAUCCGUAUCGUGUUGAGGACAUCACAUGUCAUACAUGCAACAAAGCACGUUGUACCUGUGCAAUAACGCAACGCCACGUUGACCCCAAGCGGCCCCACAGGCAGGACUUGUGCGGCAGAUGCAAAGGCAAGCGGCUCUCCUGCGAGAGCACUUUCAGCUUCAAAUACAUCAUCUAGGAGGCUUCUGAACUGAACUUUGCCCUGUAACACAUCGGCACACACUCUGUGGCGGGGGUGGCGGUUGCCGCGGCGGCAUUUUCAGCCCUGUGCCACUACGUAUGCAGAUACAAUAAUGGCAUCUUGGAUCCAACACACAUUUGAUGGUUCAAAUCUUAGUUUCAUGCUUGUUUUGUGUUGAUGAACUUGAUGGCAAGCACCACACUUUUCAAUGUAAUAAAUGGCUAUGUUGCA